AUGGCGUCGCCCUCAUCAGCAAGCUCUCAGGAGCAGCGCCGGUGGUUAGUAGUGGGCAUUGCUCUUCACCAUGUCCUUACUCCAUGCCUCAGAGAUAAGAUCAAAGGUGAAUUGACUACAUUCUACCAGAAUCUGGUACGACACUGUGGUCUGGAUAAACAAAAGUACCCAUUUCACAUGAAGUGCAUUCCACCAUCCACUGUAAACCUAAACUACGAGAGUAUCAACAAUAACCACACUGUCCCUAACAGUAGUUUUUACGAUUACUGCGUUAAGGAUGAAGUGUCUUUGGCCAAGCUGUUUAUGAAACCUUUCAUGGCUCAGUUCAAUGCAUUUGACGACGCCUUUGAUUCUUCAGCAGCCCUUGCAGUUCUCUCUGCAGCUUUGCCAUUCGCGUCUGUCAAACUGAUUGCUGAAGAUGUGAGGUUAAAUGUUCGUAACGAGUGGGCGCAUUGCGACUUUACAAUUUGGACGCAGGGACAUUAUGACGUUUGCUUUGACCUUAUGGAGGCUCUCGUAGCAAACUUGGGAUUCCCCUCUGCUGACGAAACAAGAAUUUUGGAUGAACUUAGAUUGUGGAGGACACAAGGUACAAUGAAAAGAACUACCAAAUUUGUUAACGCGUUUUCGUUAUCCGCGCCGUAGUGCUAAUUUAACUGUAAAUGUCUCGCAGUUAGUUUGAUAUAUUCUGUGUACAGCUUUAACAGUUGUAUAGAGAUUAGGUGGAAAAGGGCCUAAUAAGCUGCAGAUACCUUUAAUUUAACCUUAAGUUAUCCACAAACCUUUCAUUCAUGUAGAGAGAAUUCAGGUUACUCCGAGUCUUAACUUGAAGAACUAUUUAAGCUGCGGGAAAAAUAAUAUCACGUUAGAAAAUGUGUUAAUGUUAAUUAUUGGUCUCUGUGCAUUUAUAUCUGAUGCAGGAUUGGAAAUAUGCCUUGGUAAAACGGUUGAUGACAAUCUUUUACAAGUUAUGCGUAAAGAAGUUCAGCAACUAUCUGACUCAUUAGAUGACUUCAAAGAUAAAGACGCUAAAGAUAUAAAAAGCAUUUGUUCCACUCUUGCUCUGUUUAAGUCUGAGUUAAAUAGAGCCAUACAGGUGCUAAAGAAUCAACACCAGAGAAUGCAAUCGACUUGUAUGGAGCUGAGGAAAAACCAAGAUAUGAUUAAGGAGGAGAUAAGCUCCAAAGACAGGGAUCAGAGGGAAAUGCUAAGGAUAUCAGAACUACACUGGGAAACUAGACAGCAACAAGUAGAUGACAUCUGCAAAACUCUGGAAGUGAGAAGCCAAGUAAUGAAAAAGGAUUUAGAAAUGCUAAAGGUAAAGAUGGGCAAUCUAUCAUUUUCAGACAGUCCUAUAGAUGACAUUUUUGAAGCCCCAGAUCAAAACGAAUGGUUUACAGGUGGUUUUUCGUAAGUUACCCCCCUCGCCUGCACGUUAAUUUCCCUAGAUUUACUGCUCAAGAAAAUUAAGGUAUGGGUCUGCUAUUUAAUUCCUCAAAAACAGUGGGGAGGGGGGGGGGGGUCUAACUUCCUAAGCUUUCAAUAAAGCACAAAAUAACAGUAAGGACAGACUUCCUGGGUAUAAGUUUAAAAACUUUGAAUGAUGAUUGGAGUGACUAAUUCUCACGUGGCCUAUUAAGGCUAUUUUUAGCACAAAACUCACUCGCAGUUAUCGUCAUAGUUAUGAGACUAGUGGGUACAUCAUUUCUGUGUCUGGGCUUUUUAAGUUAAUCUUUUAGACAGGAAUGAACUUCGAAAAUCGUUUGAUGAGGGGACUGGGUACUAGUACAAAAUUCCGUUUAUGUACACUUUCAAUGAAUUAUUCAACAAAGCCCAGGCACAGAUGUUUAGUCGUUCAUCUAGGGACAUGGACAUGUUUGGUUGCAAUUUCUUCGAUUGAAUGCUAUUUUAUAAUGAUGCCAUUUCUAAUUUAAGAUUUUUCGCUCAAAAUGGCCCUUCAGGUUCACGUGACCUAAUUUACUUCUUCUUUUACCCGGAAUCGCAUAAACUUUUGAGAGUCCGCGGGGAUUCCUUUUAAGAGGCUAAUGGGAAUGUGCCGCUGGAUGGUUUAUAAGUCGCAUUUAUGCAAAACCUUUUAAAUUGGACUGACCGCGGCGCGAGGUUUGCGGAUGUCGCAAUUCAUUACGUUUCGCGUUGGAUAUCGUUGCAAACAGUUGAACGAAAGCUUGGGUAAGCCGUCCAUUGUAUAGCUUUGAAAAGCUGCUUGCUAAUGAGUUACCUUAUAUUCUAUAGUGUUAUAAACGCUUCAAUUUCAGAUCGAGAAGUAAACAGACUAACAGACUCUGUUGAUUGUGCUGUUGAUGGUUUUCACGGUGACGUGAUCAGAUUGCAAAGUCAAAAAAGCGAGGUUUUACGAAUUGUUAUUUACACUAGGUUGAAGAUUAAUAGAAAAUAAAUCUUUGUAAAAGUUUCCAGCCCCGAAGCAUGUUUCAUUUCGAAAAUACAGCAGUUUGAACUUCCAAGUUUUCACAGUGCGUGACACCAAAAUAGGAAUGCUAUCUCCUUGAAAAAAGUCUCUCCGCUUGAUUUUCAGCAGUUUAACCAUUUCACGUAUUAGAAGAUAUGUUUAUGCGCAAGUAUGCUAGUUCUCGAGUGAAAAGUAGGAGCUUUUAUAGAAAAAGUGAACUCCAGAUGUUUUUGUUGAUUUCCGGCGGCCAUAUUGGUGGACAGUUUCUGUCCACCAAUAUGGCGUCUCCAUACAAAGCUCUACAAAGGUGCGUGAAAUGUUUCGGCAACUAACUCAGAAACUGUGGGCCACAAAGACCUGAGAUUUGGACAAAUUGUUUAUAUAUUAGUCUUUUAUAACAUUUCAUUUUCUUGGCUUCUUCCACUGGACGGUUUCAAAUGUAUUUUUUUGUGCCGUGUUUAUUGCGUGACGUGAAAACGAAGAAUUCACAGGACUCUAUAGAUCUUUAAAUUGGUUUUCACUCCCAGCGGACCCAAUAUUGUCUCUUGCAAAGGGGGCAAAUUCUUUUAAAUAGACAUGUUCUAAGAGGGGAUAUCUCUAAAGCAGGUCUCUCUAAAAAAGAAACCCUGUAAAGGGGUGAAUCUAUAAAAUAAAUAUGAUUGACAUAUUUGAAAGGUUGAAGGCCCACUGCUUUUAACCUUCGUGGGUCAUGGUCAUAAAUUUCUCAGUUUUGUGUAAUUUAUUACGGGAUUGCUUGGGGCUUCGAUAUAACGUCCUAACAUCACUCGAGGAGAUUUAUAUUCAGCAGUUCUCUUUCAUACCUUCCCUGUUGUAAAAACAUUUGCGACGUAACCAAGAGCUCACUUAACACCCCGUAACGCAAACUUUAUCCUGUUUUUCCGAGAAAGGUCUCGGGGGAAGCUAGUGCUUUCCACGAAAGCAGGAAUUCGGCGGACAGAUGAUAACCGGGCUGAAAAAAGACUACGCAUAUUAAAAAGACAAAGAAAUUGUAUAUCAUAUUAACCGGUAUCCCAUAGAAAAAAAGAUGGGAAGGUGGAAAAAAAAAAACAACUGGAAAUGAUAUUCCGAGUCUGCUAUGUUAUUCUUCGUUUUCACUUUCACGCACUCAACACGGCACAAAAAAAAAAAUUGGAAACUGUCCAGUGGAAGAAGUCAAGAAAAUGAAAUGUUAUACAAGACUAAUAUAUAAACAAUUUGUCCAAAUCUCAGCUCUUUGUGGCCCACAGUUUCUGAGUUAUUUGCCAAAACAUUUCACGUACCUUUGUAGAACUUUGUAUGGAGACGCUAUAUAUUGGUGGUGGACAGAAACUGUCCGCCAAUAUGGCCGCCGGAAAUCAACAAAAACAUCUGGAGUUCACUUUUUGUAUAAAAGCUCUUCCUUUUCACUCAAGAGCUAGCAUACGUGCGCAUAAACACAUCUUUUAAUGCUUGAAAUGGUUAAACUGCUGAUUAUCAAGAAGAGAGAAUUUUUCAAAGAGACAGCAUUCCUAUAUAUUUUGGUGUCACACGCACUGUGAAAAUUGUUGUAUUUUCGAAACGAAACAUGCUUCGGGGCUGGCAACUUGUACAAUGAUUUAUUUUCUAUUUAUCUUCAACCUAGUGUAAAUAAGAAUUCGUAAAAACCUCACUUUUUUUACUUUGCGAUCUGAUGACGUCACUGUGAAAACCAUCAAUUAAAGGAAAAUUGAUACUUUUUAAUUCGCAUUAAAGGUCUCUUUGAAGCGCUCUCAUGACCUGAUUGAUCUUUUUAUUUAUAUUACUUUUAUUUGUAGGAAACUCACCGUUUCAGACUGCUUUGAGGAUAUAUUACUAAAGACAUGGCUUCCCUAACAGGAUCUCAAGAGCAGCGCCGGUGGUUAGUGGUGGGUAUAGCUCUUCACCAUGUCCUCACUCCAUGCCUCAGAGAUAAGGUCAAAACCGAAAUGACUUCAUUUUACCAGUAUUUAGUGCGAAGGUUUGGAGUGGACAAACAAACGUACACAUAUUUCAUGAAGAAUAUUCCACCGUCCACGGUGAAAUUGAACUAUGAAAGUAUCAACAAUAACCACAAAGCCACGCACCGUACCCAUUACGACUACUGUGUAAGGGAUGAAGUGUCUUUGGCCAAGCUGUUUAUGAAACCUAUCAUGGCGCAGUUCAAUGCAUUUGACAGUUCCUUUGAUUCUUCUGCUGCCCUUGCUGUUCUCUGCGGAGCUUUGCCAUUUGCGUCUGUUGAACCGAUUGCUGAGGAUGUGAGAUCAAACGUUCGUAACGAGUGGGCCCAUUGCGACUUCACAAUUUGGACAGAAGUACAGUUCGACACCUGCUUUGACCUUAUGGAGGCUCUGGCAACAAACUUGAGAAUUCCUCCCUCUGACGAAGCACGAAUUUUAGAUGAACUUAAAUUAUGGAGAACAAAAGGUACGAUAUAACUAUAGCCCAGGCUAUAAAAUAACUAAGAGAGUACAAGCGCUCUUAAUUGGCCAAGUGGCGUGAGAGUAUGUAAACACAGUUGUAACGUCAAGACGUUUUGCCGUGUACGCGCUAUUAAAUCACGCAAGCACGAAGGUUUUUGAGAUGAAAACUCGACAAGUCCACUUUACUUACUUUAUUUCCUCGUCGGUUGAAGCUUGAGAAAUCUUUAAAAACAUACCGUAUCAUUAUUUUUCGCUUCUAUUGACAUUAAAGCCAGAGAAUUCCGCAUCUUGGAGAGCAUCCUUAUGCAAAACAGGAAAUGAUUACGCGUACAACAAUCACUUUGCAACUGGUAAAAUUUCCCUAUUUGUAGUGCCACAAACCAAGAGGUUUGCUUUUUUUCUCGGGAAAGUUAUUUUAUAUAAGCAAUAGAAUUCUUUUUGACAUAGAAUGCAUAGCCCGAUUAUGAACAUUCGAGAGUUGGGAGAAUUCUCGAUACCGUAAAUGACCUAAUAAACGCCUGUUCCGUCUCAGUUUGAUUGUGGGGUCCAAGCGGGGGCGUUUUAUAGAUCAAUAAGAGGCGGCUUGGGGCGCGGCUUUUUAGGGGGUUCUUAAAAAUAAUUAGAUGCAAUUUUAAAGUAGACUGACUUCACUCAUCUACACCACCCUCCCUUCCUACGAUUUGUACUUACACCACCUUACCACUCUUUGGUUCUCCUUACCCUCGCCUCCCACGAUUUGUAUUUGCACCCCCUCACCACAUGUCACAUAUGGAUAAAACAGUAUUUUAAAACAUCAAGCAAGGGAAAAGAUAGUAAAACAACAUUAUUUAUUUCUGAUGACUUUUACGAUCAAGCCAAACUUUGGCUAGGCCAAGAUGAAGGUUCGUUUGCGUCAAUGUCGAAGAAAGAUAUUGCAACUAUCAAGCGAAAACAGUGGACUCUGCAGAAGGGAAAAAUUCAAGACAAAAAUGGAAGAGUUUGUGUUCUAAAACGAGAGCUCUCCAAAACAUUGCCUGAUGCACAUUCGGCCAUUGCUUGCCGUGGAAGAGAAAAGACUGAACAUUACGUACGUGAACUCUACUCAGGAAUUAACCAAGAGGUGACUGAAUUAUUUGUGUCUCUUUGCACUUUACGACAGUCUCAACGCAGUGUCACAAGCUAUAUGAAGAAACCUGUUGUUCUGUUGUUAGACCAAUUGCAGCCGAUGGUUUCCUUAUGCAUGUCGCAAUUAUUGACUUAACCGACUUUAGAAAUUUGCCUUGUUCGUGCUCCCCAAGUCAUAACUAGGUACUUCACAUCAACGACCAUUAAAGUAAAUAUUCUUGGCUCAUCCCACUAAGGUCCAAAACAUGCCAGAAGGUUGUACAAGCGCUGCAAAAUGUAUUUUUCAUGUUUGGAUUUCCAAAGAUCUUGCAUAGCGAUAAUGGAAUUAGGAAUUUACAGGCAAAAGAAUGCGAGAAUUCUGUAUGUCAAAUUCCAUAUCACUAGUUCAUGAUGCCCCUAGGACUCCCACAAUAAGUACCCUUCUUAAGUACCAUUCUUGGAGAGAAAAACACUGAGCUCAACAGUUGGUGCUCUGUGCUUAGUGAAACAACAUACAAGAAAAACAUUGCCAUACAUGCUGCAAGCAAAGAAAUUUCAUACUGUACAGUUUUUGGGAUAAAACCAUGGAAGGAAACAAACAACAGUGAUGUAUCGACAGAGAUUAAUGAGACUAAUAAUGAAACAACAAGCAUUGUUACGAGGAGUUCUGUACAGUACCGCAAAUUAUCCCCAAACCGCAAAUCAUCCCAAAAGUGGAUCGCAAAUGAUCCUCGACCGUAAAUGAUCCCCAACUUGGACCGCCCAUGAUCCCAAACGAAAAAUAGAAAUGGCUUGGAUGUUGACCGUUCUUUCUGGGAUAACAUAACUACGGCUUACCUUGCUUUUUGGUUUCUCGUUACCAGGUUUAGAUUCUUCAUAACUAUCUUCAGCAAUGCACAACUAAUAAAUAUACAUGUAAACUAUUCGCGAAAUAUUAAGUUGCUAUUUCGAAAUAAACGGGAACCUGUGCAGAUUGAUAAAUUCGGGGACAUUUUGACGUUUAUUUAUUGUACUGCGCUUUUCACUAACACGCGAUCACUCUAAAGUUCAAAAGCCGCCUUCAGAAUUGCGUUUUUCGCCGUCGUCAAUCAUAAUUGCGUUCACAAGCAACGAACCUUAAAAGCACACAAAAGCUAUGCCUAUCAAAGUCCACUAAUCACAGAUCACAAACCAUGACCUUUUGAAUCCGUUUAAGUAAAGUUAUGUUUCCUAAGAGGUCCGCUAAGAUGAUUGAUGGCAGCGAAAGACGCAAACGUCAGUUGGCUUUUGAACUUGAGAGUUCGCGUGUUUUUGAGAAGCGCGGUAAAUCUGAUAUCUUGUUUCGUAAACUACACUGAAGUAUACAAAUGCCUUGCUGUUAAUUACGUAGAAUUAAUACUUCGGAGAAAAAUCAAAGUUUAAUUUUCUGAAAAUUAAUUCGGCACUUCCAAAAGUCAAUAAAGCUUUUGCUAUGUAGAGGGCGACCAGGUUUCUAUUCCUCAGUACACAAGUUGAGCUUCUAGGCGUUAAAAUAAUAGAGGUAUUUAUGAGUAACGCCCUGCCUGUCCUAAAUUUUUACACGGGGAAGAAACGAAGCAAUUGCCAAAGGAAGAAGUACGAUUGACAUCAUAUCCUUUUUAGAUUUAUUCCGUUUAUUUUAAUUUUUUUGCGUGUUGUAUAAAUUAACCUGUGAUCUGGCGUCCUCCUUCCCCUCUCCUCUAGGGGGCGAGAAGGAGCUAAAGGUUCCAUUUCCCCUCGCAAGUUAAGUUGCAAACAGCUCCAUUCUUCAUUCUUCAUUUAAUAUCCAACCAAGAUCCAUUACAGUCCUCAAUUUUCAAGGGAUCAUUUGCGGUCCAUGUUGGGGAUCAUUUGCGGUGCUGUACAGUUCAUCAAACCAGGAAAGGGCACAAUCAGAGCAAAGAAAAAAAUUAAAAACAGCGUGAAUGAAAAUGAAGAGCAUUAUAAAACAAAAAUGAAUAACGACAAGGGGAAAAACACCCUCUCUUAGAGUGGAUGAGAUAGUAGCGAUAAAAAUUGAUAAAGUAGAUAAGGCCUCCCCUCUUCACCCUAAUGUCCUCAUUACCAAAAUUCUUCACGUUGAGUCACCAAGUGAAUGAGUCACAAGUCAAUGAAAGAACUUCGAAUCUUUCAGAUUUGCUGUCAAUAUCUGCUUAAAUUACUUAAGUAAUAACAGUACAUAAAUUAUAGUGACAAACCUAACCCUAAGUAAAUGCUAACCAUUUCAAGUACGUGCCUAAUCAGUAUUGUCAGUGCUUAACCCUAAUCAGUUUGGUCAGUGCUUAGUGGCUACCACAAACAUAUCCAUGUAAUAUGGCUUACUGCAUAACUAUAUAACAGUAUCUUAUGAAUAACCUAGGUUAAAAAAAUCAACUUAGGUUAAAAAAAAUCAACUUAGGGUAAAUCAAAUCUAACCUGAAAUUAAAUUUGACCUGGAACAUUUAUAAUUAUCAUCGCGAUAAAAAGUAUCGCGUAUUAACUUGCCUCCACUCUUUUGUCACAGGACAGGACCUUUGUCUUGGCAAGCCACUUGAUGACACGCUACUAAAACUCAUACGCAAGGAAGUUCAACAACUUUCAGACACCUUGGAUACACAUAAAGAACAAAAUAAUCGUAUAGAUAGUACCCUGGGCCUUCUUAAAACUGAGCUCGAUAAGGCCAUCGAUUCCCUCCAAGAAAAGCAAGCUGGCAUGGAAAUGACAUGCAAAAAACUACUGCAAAGGCAAGAAAUGAUCGCAGACGAAUUGGAUACAAGCAAUAAGGAAGUGGGGAUGUGCCGGGAAAUGACACAAAAAGUGCAAAGCCUUUGCAAAAGCUUGGAAGUUAAAAGCGCCUUUAUGCAACAAGAGUUGGAUAUCUUAACAACAACUGUGAAUAGCAUGCCACGUUCCGACGAUUCCAGUGAGAUAGUCUUUGAUGCUCCAGAGAAAAUCAAGUGGUUUACGGGAAGAGAAGAAGAAUUUGAAAGCCUUGAAAGAUGCCUUCCACUGAAAGAACACAACAAAUUAAAGAUGGCAGCCAUUUGUGGUCUCGGGGGAUGUGGAAAGAGCACUUUAGCUACUCACUUUGCGUGGAAACGUGAACAAGAAUACGAAGGAGGCGUGUUUUGGAUCUCCAUGGAGGACGAUAGAAAGUUUGAAAACUCUGUAAACGACUUGGCUUUUCGUUUAGGUAUUGAGGCAAAUUCAUUCGAUUUCACGCUGUCCAAACUGCUAACGAAGAUUUCCAAGCAACAGAAAUCAUGGCUGAUGGUCCUUGAUGAUGUCGACCAGCUACACCUCUCUGAAAAUAUGCACACGGUUCUGUCUGGUCGGUGGAAAAGACGUGCAGGUGGUGACAUACUUCUAACAACAAGACGCGAACCAAAGGAGGUGUGUGGGUCUGUGGAUAUUGACCCAUCUUGCUGUAUUGAGCUCUUUUCCUUCUCAGAAGAAGAGGCCAAGGAGUUCCUUUUAGUCCGAUGUGGUUGUGCUGAUACAGAAAAUGAAUUGGUGUUAGAUGAUAUAGAUGAGCUGAUUCGCGAGCUAGGUUGUCUUCCUCUUGCUUUAGAACAAGCUGGUGCACAUAUCAAAGCUCUUCAGUGCUCUAUCAAAGACUAUCUUCAAGCGUACAGAAUUCAGCGACUGCAGUUGCUAAGUCAACAUCCGCGUGCAAAACCGUCUUGGGAGUAUGAGUCUAAAAACAGACUCGCUGUGCACACCACGUGGCUUUUAAACUUUGAAUAUGUUAAAAAAUCACCGCGAGGAGAAUUGGCAUCGAUAUUCUUAAAAGCCUCGGCCUUCUUUGCAUCCAAUGAAAUCAACGAAGAGCUUGUCAUCUGUGAAGUGCUCUCCACUGAUCAAAGCUGUAACCUCCCCUUGGUGAAGAAUCAGAUCGUGGACAUUUUGACCAAGUUUUCACUUUUCCAGCGGAAAAGUUGCCGAUCCCUGAGAUUACAUCGUCUGGUUCAGGAAGUCAUUCGCAACGAAAUGUCUAUUCAAGAAACUGUCACCUCGAUGCUUACAGCGGUAAAACUGCUUUACCGGGCCUUUCGAGGUGGCCAUUCGCCAGACGAGAUCCCUUCUUACAUCACAUCAAGUGAGCUCGAACAACCUUCAGCGUUCAUAACAAAUAAAUCUCUAUUUUAUUUGUGGUCCAAACUAGCCACACAUGCUUCUGCGUUACAGCACCAUUUAAAAACAUUGCUGUAUCAGCAAGACAUCGACAGAGAAGUUAAGGCAGUCGUUUUAAGAUACGAAACUUCGCGCGUCAUUUAUGAAAAUGCCGUCCACCUAAGUGUGCACGGACAUCAAGUUGAGGCCAAGGAAGCCGAACGAUUGGCAUUUAGUAUUUUCGAUUCUUGUCCAAAUGCUGAAGGCCCCAUGUCUAAAGAAGAUUUAACUAAACUAUUUCCACUCGUUUUACCCCUUAAUCAAAUGAUUAAAAAAACCGUGGUGUAUUCAUCUCGGCCUCCAAUUGAGUGCGCAAAACACGCACAAGACCCCAGUGAGCACAGUCGUGCCAUAGACGAUCUUCGUUUACAAGGAAACACGUUCUUCAAGCAAGGUCGUUUUAAAGAAGCCGUGGAAGCAUACACAAGUGCCCUUGAAGUGUAUGAGAAAGGAAUGCGACCGGACCCACGUCUGCUCAAUAAUCGAGCAACUACAUAUCUCAAGCUGAGUAAUUACAAAAGCUCUCUUCAAGAUUCCGAAGACUAUAUUGAGAUUCUGCCUACCUGCUGGAAGGGAUACACAAGGAAAGCCUUGGCUUUGAAAGGACUCGGACUGCGUGAUUACGCUUCAAGCACUGCAGCCAUUGCAUACAACUAUAAUGUAACUUGCUGUCGUCGUUACGAACCAUUUGCAAAUGUGUUUAAAGCCUUGGACGGUAGAUGGGAAGUUGUUGCCUCCUCUGAGAGCCUUCAACGCUCUAUGGAACGUACCGGAAAAGAAUUUUCGGAAAGGAAAAUUAUCCUUCUUCGAAAUGGACAGUAUGAUUUACACGACACCGCUGAUAUUACAGAAAUCGCAUUGGUGGCUCUGGAAAAUAGGUCAGAUGUCACCAUAAACUGCAAUAAUCCUUCAUUGCGCAAGAAGUGCUUUUUCCAUAAGAUUGCCUUUACAGCAAAUCUCAGUAUUUGUGUUGUCCCAGAUGCUCAUGUGGAAUUCCAUAAAUGCAUUUUUCGGAAUCGUACAUCAGAUGUAAUGGUGGUCUACAUUGAUCGUGCAUCAGCAAAGUUCAUAGAGUGCACAGUCAAGGACAGCAAGGGCAGUGGAAUAGCCGUUAACGGACAAAACUCAUCAGCUUUCCUGACUAAAUGUGAAAUAAGUGGACAUGGAAGCGCAGACAACGCAUUUGCUUACGGAAUAAGGGUGUUUAACCAAGGGAGUUUGUUGGUUUCCGAUAGCCGCAUCUACGGCAAUGUCAGGGGAAUUUGGGUUGAUGAAGCUCGAGUUGGUAUUCCAGCAAAGACUGUAAUAAUAACAGAUUGUGAAAUCUAUGAUAAUAAAUACGAAGGCGUUGUUGCAGGUGGAUGUAAGUGGGUUUCUCAUGAUUUCGCCGUCGUUAUCAUGCGAAGGAACAAGAUUUAUCACAAUGGCACCAUUGGCAUCCGCGUGACAUUUAAUAUUAAUGACAUUCUGGUCGAAAACAACAAAGUGUUUGAAAACCUUUGGUGGGGAGUUUGUGUCCACAACAACGCCGGUGGGGUGUACAAAAGCAAUGAGAUUUGCAACAACAAAAUGGGUGGUAUAAGAUUUGGUUACCAAGCUCCAGGAAAGCCACCCUGUGUAGUAAUAAACAACUAUAUCCACGACAAUUGCGGACCAGCCUUAUAUGAAGGACUUCGUUACUCUGAAAACUACAGUUUUUCCGAGGAAUUACGAGAAUGUUUCUGGAGAGGAGUGUUUUCAGAGGGAAAUGUGUCCCUUCCAAAUAUGGUAUUGGCAGAGGUUAGUUCUAACCACUGUGUCCAAAAUGACAAUGGACAAAAAAGUUUCAAGCCAGCUGCAGUGAUGACGCAUUGUGUCUUUUGCUUUCGACGCGACUUGAAAUUGAAACCUUGUAAGCGUUGCAUGACAGCAACGUAUUGUGGCAAAAAUUGCCAAAAACUACACUGGCAAAAGCAUCAGUAUACCUGCAAAGCUACUGGACAAAGGAACACCAUAGAGGUGAAGGUUGCUGAGGGUUUUCCUAAUGACGGUUCUUAUCAUGUAACUUUUAACAAGAGCCACUCGAGUCUGGCCCCUAGUGGUCCAGAUUACUAUCCUCCUCCACCUAAGGAUGGAAGUCGCUUUGUUGUGAAAAUCCAAACCUCUGAGACGGAUGAGUUCGGCGGACUUGUUACAGACUCGAGAGGGCUUCUGAGUGAUGAACAGGAUCCUAAUAAAGCUCGGAUGUUGCUUUAUGAUCGCAGCCACCAUGUCCAUUUUCGGGUUAGCUGUAAACCACAACUUUUUCAUUUAAUAAUGGAGUGCGGAAUGAUGGGGAAGAGAAUGACUUUCACGAAGAAAUUGUACUGUUGGGCGGCAUUUCAAGAUGCUAAAACGCUUCGAAUUUUUACCCACGAAUUUCCAGAAGUCCAGGAAUGGUAA